AUAACUAUUUACUAUGGCAAUGUACACUACAUAAUAAUGUGUAACAUAGUACAAUUUUAAACUUUUUAUUUAUAGACAACUAUGUCGAUUGAAACCAAUUACAAUUUAUUUUUUGUAUAAUUAUUACUGACAGUAUUUUUUUUUUUGACUUAAAUAAAAUUGUGAAUUUGAACUAACAGGUCAAAAUGGAGCAUUUGGAAUUGCUGUCACGGAGACUGGAAAGUAUGACCGUAAACCAUGAGUGGAAAAGUUUAAUUGGAAACGUUCCUUGUCCGAAGUCGGUUCUGAGAUAUUUGCAUUCAAGUGAAACUUUAAAAUUAAAUGAACGACCGUGUUUGAAAGAAUAUAAAACCAAGAUAGCAGGUAUCAUUAACGACCAUUCAACAGGAUCACCUAAGAAAUUUAAUGACGAUCAUAAUAAAUUUAAUACUGUUGGCCAACAUGAGAUAGUGGAGUCAAAUAAUGAAUUUAAAAGUAGUACGUCGGGUAUGAUAGAAUCAUUAGUAUUCACACCGAGCAACAUGCAUUCAGAUGAUAGUGCAAAUGAUACGACAAAGAACAAUUUACAAAACUCUGUAGAAGAAAAACGUGUAAAACAACCAAGAAAUAAAAAGGAAAAGAAACGAACACUUUUAAAUGAAUCUAUCAAAAAUGGUAAUAGCUCAAAAGAUCAAAAUCGAUCAGUAGUCGAUAACUCUAAUAAAGCAUAUUACCCAGACUACAUGUCAUUAGAUGAUGUGAAAAAAGGCUUAGAAAAUGGAGAACUCUUUGAAGGAAAUAUACGUAUUAGUCAAAAAUGUUAUUCUGAAGCAUAUGUUCCUUCACCUGACAAAUCCAAAGAUAUUCUUAUUAAUAGUGUUUUAUUAAGAAAUCGCGCUUUUGACGGUGACAAAGUCGCUAUAAGAAUAUUACCAAAAUCACAAUGGCGGAAUCCAGAUUCUGACAAUUGUCAAAGAACAGGAGAAGUAGUUUACAUUUUAGAAAAAAGUGAAAAUCGAGUUAUAGUUGGAUAUAUACAGAUAGAUAAAGGGACUAGUUCUAAUUUUGGCCUGCUGGUUCCGAGAGAUCAACGAUAUCCAAUGGUUUUAAUAAAAAUAUCAAAAUGGAUGAAACCAAUAUCAUUCAAAAAUAAUUCUAGAAAUUCAAAUGAACUAUAUUACGCAGUAGUACAGCAAUGGGAUAACUUCAGAUUUCCCAAAGGAAUUUUAAAAGAUGUGCUUGGAGAAGUGGGUGAGAUUAAAGCCGAAACUUCCGGUAUUUUAAUGUCCUAUAAUAUAUCAGAAAGUCCGUAUCCUAACGACAUAAAACAAUAUUUCCCACCAAUGUUUUCUAUUGAAGAAGAGCUAAAACAACGAAAAGACUUAAGGAAACAAUGUAUUUUCUCUAUUGACCCUCCUACUGCCAAAGAUUUGGAUGAUGCCCUUUCAUGUACUUUACUGCCAAAUGGUAACUAUGAAGUAGGCGUUCAUAUAUCAGACGUAUCUCAUUACGUUAAGCAAGGAACGCCAUUGGACAAAAUUGCAGAGGAACUCGCCACAAGCGUUUAUUUAGUACAAAGAGUGUAUCACAUGCUGCCUCCGGAGUUGACCAUGAUGGCUUCACUGUUACCUGGAACUGAAAAACUCACUGUAUCCGUUUUUAUAGAAAUGACUCCUGAUGCUGAGGUAGUCACGCAGACAUUCUGUCGAUCAAUUAUACACUCGUGUGCCCAGUUACAUUAUGCACAUGCACAGAUAUUCUUGGAAAAUCCCAAUAAACAUGAUUGGGAUGAAUCAGAGUUUCCUACUGUGCACAACGGGUACAAUGUUAAUGAUUGUGCCGUAACAGUAUGUCAUUUACACAAAUUAGCAUCAAUAAUGCGAAAGAAACGAUUUGGCAAUGGUGCCUUGUGCAUAAACCAACCAAAGUUAUCGUUUGAAAUUGAUCGUGAAACUUGUGCUCCAUUAUCUUAUUCGUUGUACAUUCUUCACGAAAGCAAUUGGUUGAUUGAAGAGUUCAUGCUUCUAGCAAACACUUUAGUAGCAGAACAUUUGAAUAAACAUUUUCCUACCACUGCUUUGCUUAGGCAACAUCUAGCACCCGAGGCGACUUCAUUGGAAAAACUUGUAAAAGUAUUAAAAAUAUAUGGUAUUGACAUAGAUACAGCGUCAGCUGGAUCAAUUCAUAAGUCAAUAGUGUCAUGUUGUCAGAAUGAAAACUGGUCGAAAUGUGAAAUUGUUAUUAAUAAUUUAUUGUCCAAACCUAUGGUUCGAGCUGAAUAUUGUGUAGCUAGACCAGAAGCGGAUAUGUCUCAUUUUGCACUUAACAUACCAUAUUACACGCAUUUUACAUCACCUAUCCGCAGAUACCCUGAUAUAGUUGUGCAUCGUUUACUAAUUUCAUUGCUAACGGACACUACAAUCAAAGAGUAUGAAGACCCAGAAGUUAUUCAUGCGAUAGCCAAGAAUAGUAAUGAUAAAAAAAACAAUGCAAAGAAGGCUUCAGAAGCCAGUACAGAGAUAUAUGCUGUGUGCCUUGUCAACAAAUUGGGAUAUCUCGAUGAACACGCAAUGGUUAUGGACGUAAAAGAAAAUUACUUUGAAGCUGUUAUUAUUUCAAUGAACCUAAAUGUUAGGACUUACGUAAACAUUAGUGACAAAAAUGCAGAUUUACACCACAAGGCUUGCAGUUACUCUAUUGUUGAUGAAAAACCAAUUUUGACAAUUGUUUGGGAUAAUACUGGCGAAAACACGCAGAUAGUACAAUUAUUCAGCAAGGUUAGAUUACGGCUGAAGAAAAAGAAAAAUUGUAUGAAACUAAGAGGCAUUUUGAUUCGAGAUAGUUAAAUUAUUUUGUAUUCGACAACUUCAACUGUGAUUUAGUUUAUAAAUUUAUUAUUAUAAAUUUGUAUACUUAUCAAUAA